GCUUCAUCGGUCUCCUCGGUCACGAAUACAGACAGACGCGACUGCGACCCUCGUCUACCCUGUCCAGCCUCUCUCUCUCCCCUGCCUCUCCUUCAGUCUCGCCGUCGGCAUCAGCAUCAGCAUCAGCAUCAGCGUUGACUUCGGCUUCAUCGUCUCUGAAUUUAGCACCCAGUCAUACCUACUGGUCUGUCUUUCUGGAAAAUGUCCACCCAGACCACAACGGCCCUGCGUGCCUCGAUCUGUGCCGCGGCCGUCGCCUCGCUCUCUGUCCGUGAAUGUCUAGAGACCUUUCACGAGCGUCGAGAUGUCCUGCUCCAGUCGUGGCAGGAUACGACCCGGGCGGCGUUGGUGGAAGCGGGGUUCUUACGGAACGCAGAUCUCAAUCUCCUUGCUGCCCAACUUUUACUUUUAACAUCUAUGCUGGAUAAUGAUCCAAAUGAGUUGUGGUCGCUGUUCGGCACCGUUCUACGCCUCGCCCAAUCCCAAGGCUUACAUCGCGAUGGUGAGGUGCUCGGGUUGAAGAAGAACGUGCUGGAGAGCGAGAUGCGCCGACGGGUCUGGUGGUAUCUUGUCACCCUGGACGCCCGGCUGGCCGAGCUCGUCGGCGCCGAUACCUCGUCCGCGCGAACAGAUACCAGGAUCCCGCUGCAUGUCAACGACGCCGAUCUGGCGCCCGACAUGCAGAGCGUGCCUCCCGAACGCGCCGAGGCGUGCGACAUGACCUUUUGCAGGCUCAAGUACGAGAUCGCCCAGUUCACCGCCAGGAAACCCCCGCUACCCACGCAGAGUCUUCUUCUCUCCCAGCUGGAGGGAUCCCUGGAAGCCCGCUAUCUCCGCUCGCUUGACCCCGUCGACCCCGUACAGUUCCUCUCCAGUCUGGCCACCCGGUCGUCCCUCUGCAAGCUGCGCCAGGCCACCACCCUCUCGCUCGCCGACCGCACCGUCGCCUAUGACAACCUCAUCCAUGCCAGUCCCUCCCUCGCCCGCUUUCUCUGGCACGUCCGCUUCUUCUUCCCCUGGGGUGCCCCCGUCUUCACCCUCCAGUUUCUCGCCGCACACCCGGACUGGGACGCCGCGGCCACCAAGGCCUUCAACACCCUGCUGCAGCUGUACGCCCAUCACCCGGAGUUCCUCGAGGAGGCCGCCACCAACGUCACGGGCCGCAUCCUCGGCGGCCUGAUGCUCAAGGCCUGGGCCGUCCGCGAAUCCUUCCUCAAGGAAAAGGGGGGGGACGUCAAUGUCCCCGCCACUGUGGAGGCUUUGCAGGUUCGUCAGGCGGUGGAGCAGGUCGAUGCCAGCAUUGAUUUGCUGGACUGGUCCUGGGAUAUCCCUUACUAGGUUUAUUCUUCCAUAAAGUCAUUCCAUAGAUUCUUCUAGAGUUCUUCCAUAGAUUCUUCAUAGGUUCUCCACAGAGUUCUCCACAGAGUUCUCUGC